AUGGGGGGGGGCCUCAGGGACUGGGAGGUGGGCAUCCGCUUCCUCUCCAGACUGCCUCUACUGUCCAUAGACCAGAGGCCUGUCCGGAGGAGCCUGGGCUGUGGACUCAGCUGGGGGCCGCCCGCGAGCCGCGUUAAGAACAGAGGGUGCCCGGAGCCCCGGCAGGUCCAGACCAACAUGCCCAGCCCGCGCCCCCACCCGGGCCUGGCUCUGGAGGACGCCACCGGCCUGUGGGCCGACUCAGGCUUCCCGCAGCAGAGCAACGUGGGGCCCCCGGGGGCCAGGAGGCCCCGGCAGAAGGCCCGGGUGCCCACCGAGCAGCAGAGCAACCUGGGCCUCGGGGGCACCGCCAGCCCCCGCCUCCAGGAUGGCCUUGGGCAGCGGGCUCCCCCGUCCCUCCGCGCAGGGCGGGCGCCCCCCGGCCCAGCUCCCUCCGUGUCUGUCCUCAGGCCCAGCAUGGGUUCUGUGCGUCCUGGUGGGCACACAGGGCUGGACGAUGGGACCUGGCACGGGCCGGAGAGCCGGGUCCCCGCGCUCCUGGGGGAGCCCCUCACUUUGGAGGAUCUGGCUGUCCCGGCCCACAGCCAGGCGGGGACCCCGCCCCCCACCGCCCUCCGCCAGCUGCUGGCCACGGUGCAGCAGCUGGAGCACAGGGCGGUCAGUCUGAGGUGCCAGGCGGCCUGGAAGCUUCCAGAUCCUGCACAGCAGGGCCCUGACUCCCGCCGGUCCCUCCCCACCUGUCCCCAGCCCUGCCAGCCCGGCCUCACCUCCCUGCAUGAGAAGAAAUGGGCCCGGGGCCCCAGGGGCACUGCACGGGUCUCAGAGAUGCCAGCCGCCCAGGCUCGACUCCCGGGCUGUCCAGUGCACACGCCAGGGUCCCCCAAGACCGCCUUGGGCAUGGCGCCCCAUGGUUUCCUUGGCUCUGAGCAGGGGCCGGGAUGGAAGUGCCCCCAGUGGCCUGCCAGUAGCGGGAGGCACAGGGCACCCCCCAGCCUCCCUGCUCCUACUGGGGGAGUCCUGUGUGAGUGGGAAGGAGAGAAGGCCCAGGGGCUGCUGACCGGCAGGAAGGAGGAGAGGCCGGCUUCCAGCCCACCCAACCCAGCCCUGGCCCGCAGGCGUACCCAGCAGAGCCAGGCGCAAAGCAUUGUGGUCCAGAAGCUCCAGGCAGCCAGCCGGCAGCCGCUGGCCGCGCAUUUCAGAGCCUGGAGGUGCUGGGCCCGGAGGCGGCAGGCCCUGGCCAGGGCCGUGGCCCUGAGUCGCCGGCGGCUGCUUCGAAGGGGCCUCCAGGCCCUGCGAUGGACGCUGUGGAUCCGGGAGGCCCAGCUGGAGGUGGCGUGGGGGCGGCACACCAGGGCCUUGCUGGCCCGCAGCUUCCAAGAGUGGAGGCGACUGGCUCUACGGCAGUCCCCCAGCCAGGCUGCAUCGGGACCUCCUACAUCCAGGAGAAGCUGGAGCCAGGGCCCAGGCCCCGCCUUGGGAGGAAAGGCAAUGGAGGACCCUGCCUGGAGGAACAGUCCCGGGGAGCGGCAGCCAGCGGAGGGCUGGCCAGAGACCAGAUGGCGGAGACCGAAACGUCCAGGUCUUGCGGGCCUGCAUCAUCUGGCAGCUUUCCUCCUGUGGUGCUAUCAGCAGGACCGGGCCAGGCGGGAGAAGGGGACCCUGGGGGAGGCCCCCGGGGCCACGCCACGGACUCAGAGGACAGGGGGCUCCCCCCGGGCCUCCGAAGUCCCAGCGGCCCCUGCCCCCCAGACAGCCUGGCUGCGCAGGUGCUUCGGGGCCUGGCGUCAGGUCCCGUGGAGAAGGGCUCGGUGCCAGGAGCACCUGGCCAGCCGCAGGCUGAGGACGUUGGGGCUGUGUCUGAAGCAGUGGGUCCGCAUGCAGCAGCUCCGGGCCUCCGAUGGGGCCAAGGUGACGCAGCUGGCUCUGCGCUGGCGGAGGGCAGGGAGCAUGGCGGGCGGUGACUCAGCCUCAGGACCCUCCAGCGCCCUCGGCCUGGGGCCGGUGGCCCAGGCCCAGCCUUGGAAGCAGGGAUCCCUGCGGGAAGCCUGCCGGAGCCUGGCCCUGCGGCGGACGCUGCUGCUCUGGAGGACGCGGCUCUGCCAGCACCGGCAAGCCACCUGUUUCUCGCAGGGCGUUCAGCAUCGCCUGCUGCGGGGCGUCCUGAGCUGGUGGCGCUGGAGGGCGAGGGGCCGGGACACUGGCUGGGUUCCGGAGCCAUGGGGCCGCCCAGGCGAAGGGGCUUGGCUGGGCUGCAGCCCACCCCAAGGCGCUCUGGACGAGGUGCAGGCCCAGCGUUCUCGUUCUCGGGGUGCAGUGAUACGGUGCCAGCCGGCCCUCCACAGGCGCGUCUCCCGCGGCUGGAGCCACUGGAUGGCAGCACAGGGCGCCUGGAGAGAGCUGGCCGCCCGCCAGGCCUGGGAUUGCGGCUGCCGGGCUGCCCUGGGCCCGUGGCGGCCGUGGCUGGCACCGUGGCAGGAAGCAGAGCGACGGAACCAGGGACGGGCCUGGGCGGCCCUGCACCACUGCCGCUCCUGCUGGCAGAGGCGGCGCUUCCUGCAGGAACGGCGGCAGCGGUGGGGACGAGUCCACGCCCAGAUCCCACGGAGGCCGCAGGCUGCAGCCGGGGGAAGACACCUGAAGAGGGCUCCAGAGGCCUCCGCCCAGGACCAUGUCCAGCCCCCAGCCAUUGUCUGGCGCCAGGGCCCCGGAGCUGGCCCCAUGCACUGGCCCAGGCUGGCCAGCAGAGGGCGCCUUCUGCCGCUGGACACCCCUGGCCCCUGGAAGCAGACCCACGGAGACGGGGCGCGGGCCACAGGGCCUGCGCGGGCCUGGCCAACACGGCAGCCUGGCUGCGCUGGACAGCGGCCACCGAGGGACAGGUCCUGGGCUGAGCGCGAGGACACCGUGAGCCCCGCCCACUUCCUCUCACAUCUGCCUGCCGCUUUCCAGCACUUCCCCGAUCCUUUACUAUCUCUCUGGGCAGCGGCAGCCUGGAGCCUGGAGCGACAGGAGGGACAGGCAGGCGAGGCUGAGCGCCUGCACCGGUGGGUCUCCUUUCCAGGAGACGGCGAGCUACCCCUCGGCCCCGCCUCCCCUGGGCACGGCAGGACGGCCCCUGAGCAGCCCCCUUCAGGCCCAGGCAGGCUCAGUGACUCAGAGACCAGGGCAGGGCUGGGGAGGAAGGCCCUCCGGCGCUGGCGUCUGGUGACUCUGCUGCACAGGUUCCAGGCUUCCCGGCGGGCCAGGUGCCUGGCGCGCACCUGGCAGUGCUGGGCAGAUGCUACAGGCGUGGAGCAGCUGUCCCGGGCCCUGCUCAGGCAGUGGCACCUGGGGCAGGCCUGGAGGACGUGGCGGAGGAGCGCCGUGCGCCUGCGCAUGGCUCAGCGGCUGCGGCGGGAGGAGGAGCGCCGGGUCCUUUCCCAGGCCUUUCAAAAGUGGCACCAGCGUGUGACAGCCAGGAGCCCCAGAGAGGAGCCAGCCGCAAGCCCCCCCUCCCCGGGGGGCCGCCGGGAACUGCCCAGGCCCCCAGCUGUGGUGCACGCGCGCUAGCUCUCGUGGGGCAGGACAAGGGGCCGGCUGCAGCUGUGAGUGGGCCCCGGGGGGCAGUGCGCAGAGCUGAGGCCCGGCUCCCUCGGCGGCCCCCGCCCCCACCCUGCGAGCGCAGCUCCAGAGGGACGCUCGGGGGACAAUAAAAGGCCUG